UCUUUCGUUUUCAGUUUCCGCUUGUGUUUCUGUCUUUGUUUCUUUCUUUCUCCCGAUCUCGUCUUCAAUCUCUCUUUCUCUCUCUGUAUCUACUCCCCUCUCUCCUUUUCAUUCUGUAUCUAUUUCUUUUUAACUGUCUGUCUCCCCGUCACCUCUUGAAUCUCUCCCUGACUCUCUUUCUUUCUCUCUAUCUCCCCUUUACAUCUAUCUCUGUAUUUUCCUAUCUGUUUAUCUCCCCCCUCAUCUCAUAAGUCUCUGCCUAUCUAUCUAUUUAUCUCCCCUCACGUGUUUAGUCUCUGCCUAUCUAUUUUAUAUAUAUAUAUAUAUAUAUCUCAAGUCUUAAGUCUGUUUUUAUCUCCCCCUCAGUCCUUAAGUAUCUGCCUAUCUACUUUAUCUCCCCUUCUCGUCUUCAAUCUCAUUUCGUCUUUCUCUCUAUCUCCCCUCACUUCUUCACUCUUCACCUUUCUUUCUUUCCUUCUAUUAAUCCCAUCUUCACUCUCUGCCUAUCUAUCUAUCUAUCUAUCUCCCCCUCAUCCCACCUCAGUUCGAACAUCUGUCUACAAAAUAAACUCUAAAAGACCCUAAUUUAAAUAUGGCGGCCGUUGAAGAAAAGAGAUCGUACGAUACUGUGGCUUGUUGUUGAUGAUAAUAAUAAUGCCAUGACCAACUAAGGCUGCCAUUAAACACUGAAGUCUCUGAAUCUGACAGAAGGAGCAGUUAACAAAUCUAAUAUUUUAACAUCUUCAACCCUUCAAAGUUACCAUUCCCUUCCCCUAGCAUCAUGUCUGAAUUCGAUACUGCUUCAGCUGUUAUCGUGGACAGCGGCGGUCAGGAUUUGAAGUACAACUUCCCCGUGCAUGUACUCAUUGAAGAACCACCUUCAAGUGAGUGCAUUGACCAAGAUGAUGAAGAUUCCCUGAUGCCUUUCGGGGGUAAUGGAGAUUUUUCAACCUACCAAACAGCUACUCAUAAUGGCCACGUAUCCGAUUCCUUUUUAUACCAACAGACCCACUACUAUUUACCACAGAAUGAAAUAUCGUCUCUAUAUGAAAUGGCAAGACGAGAGAGUCUCUACGAACAUGGAGAUCAGUCUGACUAUGGUUAUGAUGAGUUCAGUAUUCCAAAUGGAAAGCAUGAUUAUCAGUACCAGGAGAAUGACGAUUCUUCGGUAGAUCAGAAGGACAAAACCAUCGUCUCUGGUGUUAACCAUACAGCCAGUCACGGCCAUAAUCAUAAAGCAGCUCGAGCUUGUGAGUACUGCAACAUGAGUUUUGCAAGUACCGAUGACCUCGCGCUGCAUAUGCGAGUUCAUUCAGGUGGUAAGCCUUAUUUAUGCCAACAGUGUGGUAAGACAUUUAGCGAUAGCUCAGCCCUGGCAAGUCACGUGAAGUCCCAUACUGUUGAGAAAAGAUUCAAGUGUGACUUCUGUGGCAAAGCAUUCACCAGGAACAGUAACCUCAGUGACCACAUGCGCACACAUAUUGGCAGAAAGCCGUUCAAAUGCGAGACUUGCGGGAAACUAUAUGCCUUGGAAAACAACUACAAUGCUCAUAUGGAAACUCAUGCCAAUGACAAACCUUAUAAAUGUGAUAUUUGUAAUGUAGAGUUUACCAAACGCAACCUACUCAUUUCACACAUGGACGGCCACAACAAGGGCCGUUGCUUUGAAUGUCAAAAGUGCCCUAGAAAGUUUGUCACUACGGGGGAGCUUGAUUCGCAUGUGAAGUCUGCGCACCCAGAAGCUGUGCCAAUAAAGGACAUGUCCGAAAACAGUCACUCCCGUUUGAACAAUCAUGCAGACAAUGGUGUUGGUAAAGACGGCAGCGCUCUCAACGAUGCAGUGCAGCGAGACAGUUCUGGUAAUAUAAUAGGCCAAAUUAGCAGCCCUGUAGUAACUACAACAACAAGCGAGAAGAAGAGCUUCCCAUGUGACAUUUGCACCAAGUCCUUUACUCGUCGUAGCAACCUCACCCAACACAAACGUACCCAUAGUGGAGACAAGCCGUAUAAGUGUGAGUACUGUGGAAAAACAUUUGCAGUGAAUAGUAAUUUGACUAUACACAUAAGGAUGCACACCGGAGAUAAGCCUUACAAAUGCUGCUUCUGCAGCAAAACGUUCAUCGUCAAUUCGCAUCUCACUGCACACAUUAAGUCUCAUACCACUGAUAAGGUGCACAAGUGUGACUACUGCGGCAAGACGUUUCUGCAUGCGUGCGACCUCACCGUGCACGUACGUACGCACACUGGCGAGAAACCCUACAAAUGUGUUUACUGCGGUAAAGCCUUUGCCCGCAGUAGCCAUCUCACUGACCAUGUCCGCACUCAUCAGAGUGACAACGACUGCAAAUGUAGCUUCUGCGGUCAAGAAUUUGACCAUCCCGAUACACUGGCACAGCAUGUGAAGACCCACAAAGCAGAAGGUGAUGACAGCAGUUCCCUCAGCGAGGCCCCUACUUUGGCCACGACGCCAACCCUUGUGCCACAACACUUUCAUCAUCAUCAUCAUCCUGUGCAACAACCGCAGCAACAGCAGCACAAGCAUCAACUGCUCCAGGCACAGCAGCAACACCAACAUCAACACAAACCUCAAUUGCAACAGCAGCAGCAGCAACCUCAACCGCAGCAGCAGCAGCAGCAACAUCAUCAUCAUCAUCAUCAUCAACAAUUGCAACAGCAACAAAAACAACAGCCACAGCACCAACAGCAGCAGCAGCAAAAAAUUCAAUUACAGCAGCAACCACAGCAAAAACAGCAACCACAGCAAAAACAACAACCACUGCAGCAGCAGCAGCAACAACAGCAGCAGCAGCACCAUCACCACAUCCAUCAGCAUCAGGACACAUCAUCUCGAGUUACGACAACUGCUGCAUCGAUACCCCAACCCCUGUCUCAAGAAAUGUUGAAAGUCGGUGUCGGUACCGGUGCCGAAAACCACACUGACCACCAUCACCAGCAUCAUAACCAGCAGCAGCAGCAGCAGCAGCAGCAGCAUCAACACCACCAUCCCCAUGGUCAUCACCAUCAUCAACAUGUGCAUUUCCAUCAUCAUCAUCAUCAACCUCAUCAGCAUUCAGAUCCUAAAGUUUAGGAAAGGAAUUUAAAAAAAAAAAAAAAUGACCUUUUUUUUU